CCUCGCUCGUCUGGCUAACUGCAACUCUGCAACUACGUAACGUCCAAUGCAGGUUGUUCUUUACCCACGGCAAGGGGCAAGGCAAGGAUCCAGCACCCCAGCAGAUUGUUCUUUACCUACUGCGUGAACCCAAGACCAAGAGGCCACAAGGCAAAGAUCAAGCCAGGCAUCCAAAGCGCCGGAGGAGCAGACUCUCCUUCCUUUAACGUCAUCAUUUCCUGCUAGCUUUCUUUUUUUUUCCUGUGCUUGUUAGGUUGUUAGUUUUUUUUCUUGGAUUGGGUAAUCACACUUUUGCAAAUCCCCCCUUAUUGGAACCCUUUUCAAAAACUGUUUAAUUUUGAACCAAAUUGAAUAUCAAAUAAGCAGAUAGUUAACUUUUCUUAUUGGAGAACAAGUUGAAUUUUGCCAUGAGGUGUUACUACAUUCAUAUUAUUCGUCCUUUCUGUAUCUUUUGGUUAUGCUUUCAGUAUACAAUAUGCUUGUGUUCAGAAGAAGCAUUGUUAACUACCAAUGUCAACCGAGCCCUACCUGGAAUUGUUCUGACUACUGUUUUUUCCUCUGAAUAAAGAUAGGAACUGAACUCAUUAUAUGGCUAGAGGAUGAUUCUGGGAUAGACCCAGUGAUGUAUCUACGAAGCCGCAGUGCUAGGAAGUCAACUAGGUAUGGUGGGCAGAUGCCCGGUCAUGGAAGAGGAUGAAGUUUCCAAAAAAGGAUUUACCCAAAAAGGAUUUUCUACCUCCACGAAACAGGGUUAGAAAAAGAGCUUCCAGAGACAUCGAUAUACUUCACACUGAGAGCCUCAUAAAACUGGUGGAGAAAGUUUUUAGCGUUAGCAAUCCAAAUCCCCUGGAAGUAGAGGACGCAAAGAGACCACUCAAGGAGCAACUAGUUGAUGCAAUAGCAAGGCAUGCUGAGGCAUCUGAUGGUGAAAGUGAAAUAUAUGAGCAAUUUGCAAUUUAAGAUGGUUGCUAGAGAUUUCUGAGAUUCCUUCAAAUGUACACCAUUUGUUCUGCAAACUGUGUAAUAUUGUAUUUCCACCAUGAGGAGUUAGUACGCUUGUAAAAUGAUGAAGAUGUGCUUUUCUGAAGUUUCUUAGACAUAACAGAAAAACAUAUGUUAAUUGGCAGUCUUCUAGAGUGGAUGUACGUGCAGCAUGAUGCUUUAAUGAUUACAGAUAGGGAGUGUCUACCUAUGCAACAUAACUUGAAAGUACUUGGGCACAGGAGGGCAUAAUGAAAAGCACUAUCAAACCCAACAUGCUAAAUACAAUCAAGCUUACUGUGUCAUGCCAA